AUGCCAGGAGAGAAGACGGCAGCACUCAGCCGUGAGGGGGCGCCGCUGCCCGUCGCCCCGAUUCUCCAAAGGUUCCUGAAAACCUACGAGGAGCGCUGUGCACAGGAGCAGACGCCCGUGUGCCCGGCCAUCAGGAAGGACCUGAAAACCAGCAUCGACGAUGACCAGGUCCUCAGGAAGUUUGUGCUUGUAAAACCCGAUGACUCCCAGCCCAGCCCCCUCCCGAUGUCCUUGGAGCCUUUGCUCAUGACAAUUCGUGAUGCGAGUUACAGGCCGGGGGAGCAGCCCUGCCUCUGGGGACUUCAGCUGAGCAACCCGGAGGUCGCCAGCCUCGCUUUGCUUCUGGAAUCGAAGGGGCACACGCCCUGCCCGCUGACCACCCUGGAGCUCAUUGACUGCAAGAUGGACCCGUGGUCUCUGGGGAGGCUGGGGCAGGCUCUGCAGCUCAGCAGCUUGCAUUCUCUUGUCCUCGAUUACUGCACACUUGGGAGUGAAGAAAUUGAGAGCAUUUUCUCAGGCCUGAAGAACAACCGCAGGCUUCAGGGCCUCAGCCUGCGCUACUGUGGGCUGGGGCCGCCGAGCGGGCCACGCCUGGGCUCUGUCAUCUGCCGGAGUGCCAUUUGCGAGCUGCACCUGGAUGGCAAUUACCUGCAGUGUUCCGGAGCGCUGGCCCUCCUCAGGCCCAUAGCAGAGUAUGCCGAGUCGCAGGGCAGAGGCCCGCCAGCCACAGCCUGGCCAGACUCCAGCGUCCCCCCUGAGAGGGUCCAGUCCAGUCAGAGAGGAAGUUCAACUUUGAACCAAAUGACGAAGUCCUCUGAAACUGGAACUGUGAAAACUACUUCAGGGAAGAAGAAGAAGAAGAAGAAGAGAAAAAAGGGAACCAAGAAAAAGAUGAAAGGUCUGACGGAGGCUGGGCCUUGGUUAGUGAAAUUGUAUUUGGCCGAUAAUGGCAUAGAUGGAAAAGGGAAAGAUGGAGAAAACAGUUUGUUGGAAUUCACUCAAAUCUUAACAUGCCUGAUCCGAUACUCUGCUCACUUAAAGGAACUUGACCUUGGAAACAAUGCCCUGGGAGAAAUGGCUGCUAUUGACAUACUUGAAGCGCUGAGAGCCAGAAAGACAGGUAAACUCCCAGUCUUAAAGGUUACAGUUACCCCUCAGAUCUCUUCGGACACCUUCAGAUCUAUUUGGAAAAGCAGCAAUAAAUCUAAGGUUACCGGUAAAAGGAAGAAAAAGGUAUGCUCUUGGAUGUUUGUUCCUGUUAGUUACAGCCACCAGGGGGCGCUGUAUAGACCAUGCACACUAAACUGGGCAGACUAUUACAGCAGAUUUUGCACUUGAUACUAUGGUGAGAAUUUUGGUUCUAAGUUAACAGUCCUCUAAGCCAUCAUUCCAUUCUAAUGAAUGGUUAUUGCACACACAAAAAAACCCACUUUUUAAAAAAAAUUUAUGAUUUCUUGUUC